CGGCUGCUCGCUGAUUAGUGCUACAGAAGACUUAAACAACCAAUGACCACAACCUGAAGGCAUACGUUUCGUUUAAUGAGCAAUUUACUAAUGCUAGACGACAUCGUGUUUAUUGGCUUUGAACUGGGAAUUUCAGUGUUCCCGACUCAUCUGUGUCCUCGUUGUGACAGCUAUACGUUGACAGCAAUGCAAGUUAAAAUUUGUUGUUUCUUCUAAUUCGAUUUCAAUCCAUUGUUUUUUUAUAUCUAUUUUUUACUCGCAUGCAUCGGACAGUAUGGACUGAGAUGAAACAGACUUAAAUGUUAAAAGAAGAAAAACCCCACAGACCUUUGUAAGAGAUUUGUUAAAUUUCACCCGUUACCGGAUUGCCAUAUUGUACGAUGAUGAACAAGAACGGAAUGGUGUCAAAAAUCCAAACCAGAAUAAGGACUGAUCCUUUCAAGAGCAAUUACGACCUUGUCGGUAAAGAGUUGGGCAGGGGGAAGUUUGCAGUGGUGAAGAAGUGUGUUGAGAGGGCAACAGGAAAGGAACACGCCGCCAAGAUUCUGCGCAAGCGGCGGAAGGGUGAGGACUGCCGCAUGGACAUCAUCAACGAGAUCGCUGUGCUGGAGUCCGCCAGAGCCAACCCCUUUGUGGUUUCCCUGCACGAAGUCUAUGAGACCACCUCUGAGAUCAUCCUGGUCCUGGAGUGUGCUGCCGGAGGGGAAAUCUUUAACCAGUGUGUAGCAGAGAGCGACGAUGCUUUCACUGAGAAGGACGUGAUCCGAUUGGCCAGGCAAAUCCUCACGGGCGUGGCUUGGCUCCACCGCAACAACGUGGUUCACCUGGAUCUGAAGCCCCAGAACAUCCUGCUGACCAGCUCCCGUCCCCUGGGGGACAUUCGCAUUGUCGACUUUGGCCUGUCCAGGUGCAUGGACAACGUGAAGGAGGUUCGAGAGAUCCUGGGCACCCCAGAGUACGUAGCCCCAGAAAUCCUGAACUAUGAGCCACUCAGUACAGCGACAGAUAUGUGGAGCAUUGGGGUUCUUACGUAUGUGAUGCUGACCGGUGAGUCACCAUUCCUGGGUGACAACAAGCAGGAGACCUUCCUCAACAUCUCUCAGGUCAACGUGGACUACUCCCAGGAAAUCUUCCUGGGCGUGUCCUCCCUGGCAGUCGACUUCAUCAAGUCCCUCCUUGUCAAGAACCCCAGACAGAGGGCCACGGCAGAGGACUGUCUAAAGCACCCCUGGCUGAACGGUCACUCCCACACCCACACCAGACUGCUGCCCUCCCUGGAUGACCCUGAGACCAGCCAAUCAGAGUCGUAUCCUGAGCUGGAGAGCCCCGCCCCCUCCCCGGAGCUGGUUAUUGUUGCCUCCUACACACUGUGCCCCGGGCAGGGUGAGAUCAAGGCGGGGAGGGGCGGAGCCUUCACCUACGAGGAGCCCCUGCUCCAGCAGGAGCUCAUCUGCUGAGUCCUGCCCACCACAGACAAUCACGCUGUGAACUGCUGUUAACUUAUUCACAAAGCAAAAUGAAACCCUGAGACACUCCAGCACAGAGCAACACUAAUGUGAGCACUUUUAAACUCAUCUGUGUGUGUGUGCGCAUUCAUGUAUGAGCGUGUGUGUGUGUGUGUGUGUGUGUGCAUGCAUGUAUGAGCACGUGUGUGUGUGUGUGCAUGUGCAUGUAUGAGCACGUGUGUGUG